CUGCCAUUUCACAACACAACUUAGCCAGAGUUUCAGUUUGUAUGCUUUAGCAGCACUGAGGGGUAAUACUCUUUGUUCAGGUUAAGUCAAAACUUAACCUUACGGAUUCAACCUGGAUUCAGAUGGAGUGAGAAGUUAGGCCUGGAUUACACCUUUGAAAGCAGCUUAGGAAAUUUAGAAUAUUGAGAUAUAUUUGAUACAUAACUUAACUUGCCUGGGAGUAUAAAUGGACCAUGGGAAACAGCAACUCCAGGCCAAAGAUUUGCCAAGUUGCACCAUCUCUUGAUCAACCAAUGGAGGACGAGCCUUCCCUGCUUCCAACCUCACCAUGGAUGAUAACUGCUGUGAAAGGCACAGAGAGGCAAGAGAAAGGAAUUGUGGGACCGAGGAAGACCAACCAUCUUCCUCCUUUGACAGGAAGACACAAAGUGCCUCAUAUUGUUAGUUUAGAACCAGGGUCUCAAAGUGUCUGUGAUAAAAGCAUUAUUAAGUCUCGCCCACCACAUCCAGCAAAGGGGUGGCAAACAAUGUCCCUUGCCACAGGGGCUGAUGUGAAUCCUGCCAAACAUGCACGCAUGGCAUGCAAAACGGAAGAGUUUGAGGACACGGGAUGGAGAGAUGGGCCUGUCCAUUGCUUUUCCACUCCCAGCCUGGGAGGGCGCUGUGGCACAAGCAACACACUACAGCAGAGACACAUGAAAGGUUUCCUGCUGGCACAGACGAUGGUCAGUCGCCAAGCAACCAAGAAGCGGCAAGCUCAGCAGAGGUGCUUUAGGGAAAGAUGGGGAAAAUCGAAGAGGUGGUACGCCUCUUAUGUGGAAGGAGAGGAGAUGGAAAGAAGUCAGAGGGUCCGGCUUGUAUCCAGGUCAAUGGAACAAUAUAUCUUCUGGGAUGAGUUUGAGGGACGGAUUCUGGACGGACGUAAAGGAACUGCUGCUGCCAAGUCCACAGCUGACAGACCCAAACGUGGGAGACAUGAGUGAUAAACCGCUAUUGGCAAAUGGAAUCCGGCCAGAGGUAGAAGACCAUAAAUGUGAAAGUCUGGGGAAGGAAGUCACCAUAAGGA